UACCACCACUUUGACGUGUGAAGAGUUUUAACACAAUGCAUAGUAUCUUUUACUACCAUGCGAGCGAGAAUUUUGAAGUUUCAUAGCAAUAUGUUAUAGAUACGCAAGUCUGUACCUGAGUGGGUUGAUCAUACGUCACAGUUUAUAACAAACGCAAGAAGGCUUAAGGUGAUGGAAUGAUGCUACUAACUAUGCUUAUCUGAGGUCUUCUUAUAUGUGAGAGAUGAGACCAAUAUCAGGUGGUCUCCUUGUGUUACUAAUAAUUUUAAUCGAAUGUGUAUAUUGCAGACCGUACAGGUUGUUUGGACGGGAAGAAGAUUGCUACAUUGCAGGAAGAAUCUUGAAGAAUGGUGAGGUAUACUCGUCGCCAACAAAUCCAUGUUUUGGUUUAGAGUGUGAAGAUGGAGAACAUUUUGCUGUCUACCUAUGCGCUAGUGGACAACAAACGACAGCCGAACCCAACACUAAAGCUCCAACAACUACAACAGUUAGAACAACGACAACGACAAAUGCAACAACAUCAACAACGACAACAUUAACAGCUGCAAAAUCGACAAAAAAAAUAACAACGGGAAGUUCGAAUAUGACGUCAUUGAUAUCACGUGAACGUCAAAACAGUACGAAUCUGAUGGCUACCUUACCUGCAACACAGAAGAAUGCAACAACGACGAAAAUACCUUCAACUAAAAAACAUCUCUUCACGAGCUCUUCAAAGGUUAAUUUAACCGAAACUGUGAUUACAAAUGCGGAAAAAAUCGUGCUAACUUAAUUACUUUUCGUGGAUAGAUGAAUUUGGGAAAUUAAAAGAAACAUAGGGUUAAUAGAAUAUAAUUCAUUUCCUUAA